AUGGAGGGAAAACUUCUAAAUCUGAGAUCAUCAUAUUCCUUUAUUUUUCUGCUAUUUCUAAGCUUCAAGUCACUUAAUACAAAGGCACAAUCGCCAAACUAUGUGGGAGACGAUUGCGAAUACAGCACCUCAAAACCUCUCAGCACCGCAUACCAAACCAACCUUAAAAGCGUCCUCUCAUGGCUAUCAACAGAUGCAGCCACAAGCAAAGGUUAUAACCACAACAGCUUUGGCAACAACACCCCUGGAGAUGCUGCUGUGUAUGGCCUCUAUGAUUGCCGUGGUGAUGUUGCUGGAUACUUUUGUCAAUUCUGUGUCUCUACUGCUUCUAGAGAAGUUCUUCAGCGCUGCCCCAAUAGAGUAUCUGCUAUUAUAUGGUAUGAUUUCUGCAUCCUAAGGUACUCUAAUGAGAACUUCUUUGGGAAUGUCACAGUAGACCCAUCAUGGCAUGCUGUUGGGACCAAAAAUGUCUCUAGUGCACAAGAGAUUCAGAAAGGUGAGGAUUUUAUGAGAAGUUUGAUCAGAAAAGCAACUGUGGAGACCAACCAGUUGUACUAUAUGGAUGGUUUCAACUUGAGUUCCACUCAGAGAAGGUAUGGCUUGGUUCAGUGCAGUAGAGAUCUCACAAAUGAUGGGUGCAGACAGUGUUUGGAGACCAUGUUAGCGCAAGUUCCCAAAUGCUGUGAACAUAAUUUGGGAUGGCAAGUUUUGGCCGCAAGUUGUCUCAUAAAGUAUGAUGAUUAUAUUUUCUAUCUUUUUCACACUCAACCAUCUUCAGUUUCUGUGCCUGAUACCCAAAUAGCUAAAAAAAGGGGUGCUGGUAAAACAAGAAUAUUAAUCAUUGGCUUAAGUGUGCUGGGGGCAGUAGCUUUACUAUGCUUCAGUGUCUAUUGUUUAUGGUUCAGGAAUAGAAAUAGAAGACAAAGAGGAAGAGGUGGUCGAAUACCUGAUACUAUUCGUCCAUCAUCAUAUCACAAUGUUCAAACGGAGGAAACACUGAAUCCAGACCUACCUACUAUUCCAUUAAUCACAAUUCUUAAGAGUACUGAUCACUUUUCAGACGAAUCUAAGUUAGGAGAAGGUGGAUUUGGCCCCGUUUACAAGGGAACUCUACCAGAUGGAAGACAAAUUGCGGUCAAAAGGCUCUCACAAACUUCUGGUCAAGGCUCCGAAGAGUUCAAAAAUGAAGUAAUGUUUAUAGCUAAACUGCAACAUCGCAACCUUGUAAGACUUUUGGCAUGCUGCUUGGAGAACAAUGAAAAGAUACUUGUAUAUGAGUAUUUGUCGAAUGCAAGUCUCGACUUUCACCUGUUUGAUGAUAGAAAGAAAAGGCAACUGGAUUGGAAUAUCAGAUUAAGCAUUAUCAAUGGCAUUGCAAAAGGUCUUUUAUACCUUCAUGAGGACUCUCGACUCAAAGUUAUUCAUAGAGAUCUUAAAGCUAGUAAUGUUCUAUUAGACGAUGAAAUGAAUCCAAAAAUAUCAGAUUUUGGAUUAGCAAGGUCAUUUGAAAAAGGCCAGAAUCAGGCAAAUACAAAUCGAGUAAUGGGUACUUAUGGAUACAUGGCUCCAGAGUAUGCUAUGGAAGGGUUAUUUUCAGUGAAAUCCGAUACUUUCAGCUUUGGAGUUCUUGUUCUAGAAAUCAUUUGUGGGAAAAAGAAUAGUGGAUUCUAUCUAUCAGAAUGUGGUCAAAGUCUUACAUUAUAUGCUUGGAAAAUAUGGUGUGCAGGAAAAUGUUUGGAACUAAUGGAUCCAGUGCUGGAGGAAUCUUACAUAGAGAGUGAAGUUGUGAAAUGCAUACACAUUGGUCUGUUAUGUGUUCAAGAAGAUGCAGCAGAUAGACCAACCAUGUCCACUGUUGUUGUAAUGCUAGCAAGUGACACAAUGGCCCUUCCAAAACCUAACCAGCCAGCAUUUUCGGUUGGAAGAAUGACCUAUGAGGAUGCAUCUACAUCGAAAAGUUCCAAGAGUCUUUCCAUUAAUGAUGUAACUGUCUCAAACAUUUUACCAAGGUGAUGGAAACUUGGAUACAAAUCUCUUUUCCUUUGCUGCUUUGAAUGACGUACGAUAAGACUAGAAGACCAAAUGACCAUAAAUUGAAGACUUCCCAGCUUUCUGGAAUUAGACCAAUAUGCUGACUCCUUGACAGCUCUAUGCUGCUUUGGAAAUAAGACAAAAUCUUUGCCAUUGUAAUAAGUCUUCUAACAAGUAACAUAAUGAAGAGCCUCUCGCAAAUUUGUACA